CCAGCGUCCAGGGGAGACGGUAGUGACGCGUCCAAACAAACACGUCUCCCCAAUGGACCCGCGUCGCGCAUCUCGUUGCGGAGCAUCUGCGCCGUUUCGCCCCGCUCUCUCUCGCGCGUCGCGGCCUCCACCUGCUGCAAGCCCGGCUCCGAUCGGGCCUUCCACUAUAUCAAAUCGCGACAUGCGUCGUCCACUGUGCCAAAUAGUCGCAUUCGCUGCUCGCGUGGACUGUGCAUCAUCACCGCCUUUCCUGCCGCCACUGCCCACAAGACAUCCCAUCCGCGCGCAACCCGGCGAUUAGUAUUUCGCUAUCCCUACCCCGCCAUUAUCUGGCAACCGACCACACAACCUAGCAAGCUGUGUCAAUUGCCAGCGCGUUGAAGGAGGAUAGGCGUUUCGGUGUAGAGCGGUUGAAAUGUUUCCCAUGUCGCACGGCGGAGGGUGGUAUGCCGCGUCAGUGGAUUCCCUCGGGGAAAGCCUUGCAGCAAACGACGUCGAUGGCGCUCGUCCGCCGCGACUCCGCCAAUCAACGACCGCAAACCCGCAGAUCCGGCGGGCCCCUGGCAGUGCGGGCGUCAGGAGAGCGGCGAUUGCGGCGCGCCCGCGGCAGUACUUGGCGCGAUGGACCCCCGAGGAGGACGCGGCGCUGCUGGAGCACGUGAUGGCGCACGGCACGGCGGAGUGGGGGCAGCUCAGGGCGAGCGGACGACUGCCGCUGCGCGACAACAAGGCGUGCUGCAACCGCUUCCUGCUGCUCAAAAGGAAGUUUCUCGAGCACGAGCAGCAGCCGCAGCAGCCACAGCAGGAGUUCCGCUUCUGCCUCCGCCCACAGCAGCCUCAGCCCCCCGGUGCUCUCCCCUUCUGCCUGCAACCACCGCCUGGCCCCGCGCUGCGCGUGACCACUCCCCCCCUGGUUGCAAGCAAGCCCCGAUACGGCGAGCAGCAAGGGGUCAUUGGGUCGACUCACGCGGCGCCAGAGAGCCACCUGCUGACGUGUGACUUGCGGUGGUCGGCACAGCAGUGCCGCCCGCAUGUGCUGCCGCAGUCAGGUGCGCGGCGUGCAGGGGGGAAGGAUGGAUGGCUGGGGGGGAAAUGGAAGCACGAGGGUGGUGCAUCAUGGGGUGCAAUGGUGAACCCGCGGCUGCAGGGCCCAGAUAUGCAUGGUGAGGCCGCGGGACUCCAAGGUUGGAAUGAUAGCAAGCGUGUCAAGACUGUUGAGGUUGAAGAUAAUGCGGUGCUACUGCAGAAAGAAUGGCACGUGGUGAAGACGCAACGGCAGCAACAGCAGCGGCAGCAGCAGCAGCAGCAGCAGCAGCAUCAGGAGAAUCAUCGGGCGCAUGUGAGAAGCUGCAACGAGCAGAUGGUGGAGUCAAGCACAGGCACCUUCUCUGCUCCUUCCUCGUGCUCUGAUGCACCGAGCCCACCCUUGGCCACCGCGGCAGUCACCUCCGCCUUGCAUCCCCCGCCGCCUGACCUGCUGCGCGCAGCAGCAGCUGCCCCUCUCUCUUGCCCUCCCAACCUGCCCCCUCCACCUCUCCCUGCGAAUGCUGCCACUGCCGCCCAGCUUGCCGCCCGCACUGUCCCCCCGUGUACCGCCCAGCACUACGUCCCGGUCACUCCAUCUCCCCCCUCUCCACUAACUAUCCCUCUGGAGACCCUGCCUCCCCUCCCUCCCCUGUCUCCUCUACCACCUCUGCCUCUCCUUCCUCACUUCCCCCUUUCUCCUGGCAACGAGCUGCCUGCUAUGACGGCCCCUUUCCCAAUCUCCCACAGCACCACUGCGGAUCCUCUUCCUUCGGCUCCACCUGCCUCGCCUCCUGUUGCUCCCCUUCCUCCCCCUUCUCCACCUGCUCCUCCUCUUGCCGCUGCUGCUCCCUCCGUGUGUGUGAGGGCAGGGGCAUGGGAGGGGCAGCAGCAGGCGGAUUUGGACAGGUGGAUUCUGGAGCAAGUGGGGCUGCUGGGAGGCGGGGAGGGGGGGGGGGUGAGGCUCUCGUGGCAGGAGGGCGUGGGGACGCAGUGGUGAGGUGGGGGGGCGACAAGCAGGCAUGUGGCUGCGAUCGAUGAGUGCAAGGAUGGGUGAACAAUGGGAGGGCGAGCGCUAUGGUGGGAAGAGGCUCAAGCUAGUGGUGCAGCAGGUGCAAUGAGGCCAGCAGGGUGGACGAGGUUGAUAAGCGUGCACUGUGAUGAUGCCGUGUUGCACUGUGUCCCAGCAGCGCCCACCUGCGUUGCUGCGUGCUGCGUGUGGCGGCAUGCAAGAGAUGGUGCCUCACGCUGCCCACGUAUCACUUGGGCUGGUUGAUCCAUCUCACAACGCACCAAACCAGCUCUUUGCCUGAGAUGGGCUGGCGUCUGACAUGGGCGUCUGACAUGGAUCAGCCAAACCCAUCCUGCCCACAUGUCACUAGGGCUGGUUCAUCCAUCUUUGAUCUCCCAAGGCAAAUUAUAAUACAGAUAUUGCGUGUGUCUGGGUACCGCUGCUACACCAGCUGUGCCUCCCCUCCAGCAAAACACGCAUUUGCCCGACAGUCUUGUAGGUGUCAAGAUGUUGCAUAUGUAUAUAUGGUCUCAUUCUCAUGUUUAGUAAUAUUAUU